AGUAAGUUGAAGUUCCGCUAAAGAUAACUAAUUUCCUCAUUGGAAUAAAAAAUCAUAAGACCUUUUUUUUCUAGCCGUGGGCUCAUUUGGGAGCAAGUUUCUGUGAACAUGGUGACAAACAACAUGUUACUGAGCCUCCUCUUUGUUUCAGGUGCGUGGGCUAAUUGUUUAAAGCAGCUAUACGUUACUGCACCACAGGAGAUGGAAGCACUGAGUGGAUCUUGUUUGCUAAUCCCAUGUAACUUCAGUGCUGAACCCGUUCAGGAUUUCAACAGCACAAGAACAACCUUCGGAGUGUGGAUUAAAAAAGACUCUAGGUUUAGCGUGGCGCCAAACAAUGUGAUUUUCAACAGUAGUGGGGCAGUCACCACAUAUCCGAUGAGAUUUACUGGAAACCUGAGUGAGAAAAACUGCACCACUUUAUUUUCUAGUUUAAUCCAAAUGUACACGGACGUAUAUUUCUUCAGAGUUGAGAACAAACCAUUCAUGGCAACAGCUUCUUGUGAUCGUCUUCAAAUAACAGUUCAAGAUUCUCCUCCAAGUCCCAGAAUUGAGAUCUCAGGUGUUCUGAAGGAGAAGGAGUCUGUCUCUAUAAGCUGCUCAGCUCUCACUCCCUGUCCACACUCUCCUCCUGAACUCACCUGGAAUCUCCUAGACCCUCACAACAUUAUAGAGGAAAACAAAGAUCGAACCUUCACAACUAAAAUCCAGAAGAACUUCACUCUGUCAGACAAACAUGAUGGAUUAAACAUCACCUGUUCUGCCAGUUAUCCUGUGAAUGAAGGAAAAGAUGUCAAGACAGCAGAGCAGAGAAAGACUCUCAGUGUUUCAUACGCUCCCAAGGACACCUCUGCGUCCAUCAGUCCAUCAGGUCAGGUGUCAGCAGGUAGCUGGGUGAACCUGACCUGCUCCAGCAGAGCCAAUCCUCCCGUCAGCAGCUUCACCUGGUUCAAGAACAGCAAAGAUGGACCCGUCAAAGUAUCUGAAGGAGACGUUUACAGCUUUAAUGUCACUGAUGGAGGAGUAUAUUACUGUGUGGCCAUUAAUGAGCUUGGUGAUGAAAAAUCAUCAGAGGUCCAUCUGAAUAAAGAAGGAGUAAAACAGCUUGAAAGUUUUACACCAUGGAUCGCUGUUGUUGGAGGGAUCAUUGUACUCAUCUGUGCAGGUUUUGCCAUUUGGUGGUUGAAGUCAAAACGUUCAACUUUACAACGGACACAGAGCCUAACAGCUGAGGAGCCAGCUGCUCAAGAGCGAGCCAGAGCGACAGAAACAGAAGCAGGAGACAUCCAUUACGGAGAGAUUGACUUCUCCAAGUUGAGACCGGGAAAGUCCUCGACCUCGGUGCAUGACAGUGGACAGGAGCAGGACACACUGUAUGCACAGGUAAAAGUGUCCAAGACAGUAAAGAGCUUAACACAGACUGCUGACAGCCCAGAGGAUCUCUACGCUCAAAUGUUGUGAAAAUUAGUGUAUGAACAUGACUUUUAUAAACAAAUAUUCUGUUAUUGUUAUUCUUACAAGAAAAUCUGUUCUUCCAUUCUUUGCAAUAUAUUUAAAGUGGAACAUUUAAAAAAAAAAAUCAGUAUGUGGUCUGUAAAAAGUGGCUGCUGAUUUGUGAUUUGUUCACAUAUUAUGAGUAAUAUUAUUAUUACAGCUAAACCAAAGAUGAAAUACAGUAAUUGUUUCUGUAUGUGUAUUAAAUGUUUGAGUUAAAAUAAAUGGGCGAGUGAGUAUGUUUCAAUGCCACAUAUACCAUUUUUUAAGUCUUGGCAGUUACAAAAAACAGUAACACAAUGAUUGUGCACAUUACAAAACUAUCACUGUGGUUGGUACAAGCAAGCCAAACAAGUCUCAUUAUUGUUUUUAUAGUGUCAUAAUGCAAGCCAAACCAAAUGACUUCCUUUUUCUUCACAUGGCUCUUCUGUGGUAGACAAAUGAUAAACCUUGUCACUUUGGUUUCACACUGUACAGUCAGUACAUGUUUGAUGUGUUGCAUUGAAUAAAUUAAAAGUUGCAGUUGUGGCAUUUUCUGAUUUAUC